GUCACCUUUAGCAUCCAACACUUGUCAACCAUCCAUUGGAUCUCUUAACUCUACGCCUCGAAAACAGUUUUAUUCCAUAUUCAAUUGUAUCAGAUUCACAGUUUCUUCAUAUUCCAAAUUUGAAAACGCAGUUCGAAUCAGAUCUUCAGACGAACCCAAAAAAGAAGGAUUUGCUCUAGAUUCCUGAAAGCGAAGAUGUCAUCACGUGAAGAGAAUGUGUACAUGGCGAAAUUAGCCGAGCAAGCCGAACGCUACGAAGAAAUGGUUGAGUUCAUGGAGAAAGUUGCAAAGACUGUUGAUGCCGAAGAGCUCACCGUUGAAGAGAGGAACCUUCUCUCUGUUGCUUACAAGAACGUGAUCGGAGCGAGAAGGGCUUCGUGGAGGAUCAUUUCUUCGAUCGAGCAGAAGGAAGAGAGCAAAGGCAAUGAAGACCAUGUCGCUAUUAUAAAGGACUACAGGGGGAAGAUCGAAACCGAGCUUAGCAAGAUCUGCGAUGGGAUCUUGAAUGUUCUUGAGGCUCAUCUCAUUCCAUCUGCUUCACCAGCUGAAUCUAAAGUGUUUUACCUUAAGAUGAAGGGAGAUUAUCACAGGUAUCUCGCUGAGUUUAAGGCUGGCGCUGAGAGGAAAGAAGCUGCUGAAAGCACCUUGGUUGCUUACAAGUCUGCUCAGGACAUUGCCAUUGCUGAGUUACCUCCCACUCACCCGAUCAGGCUUGGUCUUGCACUCAACUUCUCUGUGUUUUACUAUGAAAUCCUUAACUCCCCUGACCGUGCAUGCAGCCUCGCGAAGCAGGCUUUUGAUGAAGCUAUCGCAGAGCUGGAUACAUUGGGUGAGGAAUCAUACAAGGACAGUACACUGAUUAUGCAGCUUCUCAGAGACAAUCUCACUCUCUGGACUUCAGACAUGACCGAUGAAGCAGGAGAUGAGAUAAAGGAGGCACCGAAGCCUGAUGGCGCCGAGUAAACCGAAGAAGAGGAAGUCAUAUUAUUAAAAGGUAGAAACUUCCUAGAAGGUUAUGUGAUAAUCUGAGUGAGAGAAAGCUCAGGAUUCUUAUAAGAAACCGUUUUAUUGUUAUUUUGUUUGUUUGGAAGACAAUCGAAAUCUACAUUGCUAUUGAUUCUCCUCUUUUAGGUUCCUUCAAAAUUUGAUAUAUUUCUCCUUUUAAUGAAAUCAAAACAUACAUUCUUCUGUUGUUAAUUUUCUUAUUUUCGAUUUUUUGGUUCUGGAUUUGGUAAACUAAGCAUAUAGGUUUAUU